AUGAGACGUCGAGGCUUGCUAGCGUUGCUCCUCGUCUUGAUUCGCGGGUUCGCCGCCGCCGAGGAGCCGUCGCUGCCCUGCGUUCCGCGCGACUUCGACUUCGGUUCUGUGGUGUGCGUGUGCAACGCCACCUACUGCGACACACUCCCGCCCCCCGCCCUGCCCGCCGUCGGGGAGGCGCUCGUGUUCACGUCGGACAUCGAGGGCGCCAGGUUCCUUCGGACGCAGCUCUCCUUCUCAGACAGUCAGAAUGGCACGGGAGGCGACGUCGCCCGCUUCGCGCUGGAGUCGACGGCCUUCCAGACGGUGGUUGGCUGGGGAGGAGCCUUCACGGACGCCGCCGCCAGGAACAUCCUCGACCUGUCACCGGACGCGCAGGACCGACUCCUCAGCUCCUACUUCUCGGCGUCGGGUCUCGAGUACAACCUCGGCCGCGUGAACAUGGGCGGCUGCGACUUCUCGUGGCGCACGUACACCUACGCCGACGCGGAGGGGGACGUGGAGCUCAGCACCUUCGCCCUGCAGCCGGAGGACACGGACUACAAGAUUCCGGUGAUCAAGCGGGCGGAGGCGCUGGCCGGGCGGCCCCUGAAGCUGUUCGCGUCGCCGUGGACGGCGCCCAAGUGGAUGAAGACCAACAACGACUACGUGGGCUACGGCCAGCUGCGCCAGGACAUGUAUCAGCCCUGGGCAGACUACUUCGUCAGGUUUCUGGACGAAUACGCAGCACAAGGAAUCAACUACUGGGGCCUGACGACUCAAAACCAGCCAGUCGACGGGUACCUCCCCGGCUUCGGCUUCAACUGCAUGGGCUGGACGGCGGAGGAGCAGCGCAAGUGGGUGGCGGAGAACCUCGGUCCUACGCUGCUGCAACAUGGCUACGGAGACGUCAAGCUCAUGAUACUCGACGACCAGAGAUACCAGCUGCCAGAGUGGGCUGAAAAUGUCCUCAACGACCCGGUGGCAGCCCAGUACGUGGAUGGCGUCGCCGUGCACUGGUACACGGACCAGUACACCGAGCCUGAGCGCCUGACGCGGACCCACGACCUCUUCCCCGACUUCUUCAUCCUCGGCACCGAAGCCUGCGAGGGAUCGUUGCCAUUUGCGGUCGCCGUCGCCCUUGGCAAGUGGGAGCGGUUGGAGAGCUACGCCCGCUACAUAAUUGUGGACAUGAACCACUGGGUCACGGGUUGGGUGGACUGGAAUCUGGCGCUGGACAUGCAGGGGGGACCCAACUGGGCCGAAAAUUUCGUCGACGCUCCCAUCAUUGUGAAUAAGGAAGCAGACGAGUUCUACAAGAACCCGAUGUUCUACGCGAUGGGCCACUUCUCCAAGUUCGUGAAGGAGGGGGCGACGAAGCUGGGCCUCACCUCCGAAGACCCGAAGAAGCUGGACGCCACCGCCUUCAGGAACCCCGAUGGCUCCACAGCUGUCGUUAUCCUCAACAGAUCCAUAAAAACUAUAGAAACGAUUGUGGAGACUGAAGAUCGUGGAUCACUAAGGCUCAAUGUGGGACCCAGAUCACUGCAAACCGUCAUCUUUGUGUGACAUAAUCGAAGUAAUGUGUCUGGUUACCGUAUCAGCCUAUCGUGGACUCUGUAACAUAUGUUGUAGUGUUAUUCAUAUAUCAGACCAUUGUAAAAAUAUUUGGGGAAAUUGAUUCAGAAUUACUAUGUCAGCCUUUUAUAUAGUGCAUUUCUCUAUGUAGUGCAAAAUACAAGUGUGUAAGUUAAAACACCAAAUUACUCUUCAUUACCUGCAAUGUAAAUUGAGAAUUCUACACUCAUUCACCCUUAUGGUGUUAAUACCAAAGACUUAACCGUGUAUGUACUUAGAUCAAGUAUAGUAUAUUCUCUACACCAAAAGGUAGCUGACUGCUGCAUGCUGUCAUAUAUAUCACUAACCCCUUUGUUCAGUGGAUCUCUAUUUGUUGUUGCAAUAAAACAUUACCAGAACUAUGGGGGACUUAUAAGGCCUACAUGAUUUGUUACUCAGUAUUUUCUGUAUUAAGAACUUAAGCUUUUCACUAUCGACUCGUUCUCUACAGAGAGAAAAAAAAAAAGAGUUUCACUGUUUAGAAGAAGACAGUAAACGAAGUAUUCAUUCUUCAGUGAAGGAUUGUUUUAUUAUAUAAGGCACUGUUACGCACUAGUGCAGGACAGAUGUCUCUGGUAAUGGUGUAUAUACA